GCUAUGAUAUCGAAAACAUAAAUGAAAGUGAAUGGAAGCUUGCCAGUGGUUUGGAAAAACAGAGAUGGUCAUACUUGCUUGUAUUCUGUGUGCCAGUUGUCAAAACUAUUAGUGUCUAUAAUGUACACUGUAUUUGAUUAGGUUGUGACAUAAAAUAUAUGUGAUAAAUCUUUAUGAUGAUUUCUGAUCUUUGUUUUAACUGAAGUGAAUGGUUUAUAGCAACUUUGUGUCUCCUUACACCAUUUCUUAUCAUCUUUAUUCAUCCUUGUAAAGCUGCAAGUGAAACAUUUGAAAGUUAGUGGAACUUAGAUUUUGCUAUAAAAUGGCAGUUUUUCUCUAUGUGAUUGAAGUACAGUUUUCAGACUGUGGUGAUGAAAAGUUAAUUAAUUUAAUAGAUCUGUGAGCAGCCAAGUGUUUAGAGAGACAGGGGAAAGGCUGUUUUAUUCUACAGGUCGGAAAUUACAUUGGGAUACAACUGUUUUAGAGCAUUUGGGAAAAGAUCAAUUGUUAAAAUUUUAUCAUCGGAAUAGAACUAUAAGCUUUGGAAAAUAGUUUGAAUGCUGUUGAGUGCUGACCUGUCUCCGGAUGACAAGAAACUUCUGGAGUCCAUCAGGGAGAGGAAGGUCCAACUACUGGAGGAAAUACAGCAACUGAAGGAUGAGAUAGCUGAAGUGACUAAUGAAAUAGAACAGAUGGACGAUGGAUCCGAGGACAGCAAAAACAAUCCUAAAACCAAGCAGAUCAGCAUUGGCAAGAAGAAGUUUAAUAUGGACCCGAAAAAGGGUAUUGAAUACCUGAUCCAGCAUGUCUUGCUCCAGGAGACGCCGGAGGAUGUGGCUCGCUUCCUGCAUCAAGGGGAGGGGCUCAACAAGACAGCCAUCGGGGACUACCUUGGGGAGAAGUCUGACUUCAACAUUGCUGUUCUGAAGGCUUUUGUAAACCUACAUGAGUUCUCGGACAUGAUCCUUGUACAGGCUCUAAGGCAGUUCUUGUGGAGUUUCCGGCUGCCGGGUGAGGCCCAGAAGAUAGACAGGAUGAUGGAGUGCUUUGCUGAGCGCUACUGUGAGCUCAACCCAGGCGUCUUCACCAGCUCAGACACAUGCUACGUGCUGUCGUUUGCGAUCAUCAUGUUAAACACAAGCCUGCACAACCCGAGCGUCAAGGACAAACCGACUGUUGAGCGUUUCAUCAUUAUGAACAGGGGCAUAAACGAUGGAGGGGAUCUGCCACCUGAGCUGCUCAAUAGCCUGUAUGACAGUAUCAAGAAGGAGCCAUUCAAGAUCCCUGAGGACGAUGGUAACGACCUCAUGCACACGUUCUUCAACCCCGACAAGGAAGGCUGGCUAUGGAAACAAGGCGUCUCAAAACUUGGUGGUCGAUACCGUAGCUGGAAGAGGCGCUGGUUCAUCCUCAAUGAUAACUGCCUCUACUACUUCCAGUUCACUACGGACAAGGAGCCUAAGGGCAUCAUCCCGCUUGAGAACAUUCAGGUUCGUGUGUCCACUGAUAAAUCCAAGUCUCACUGCUUUGAGCUGUUUGCUCAGCAAGGGGAGAUAAUAAAGGCCUGCAAGGUGGACAAAGAGGGGAAAGUUGUUGAAGGCAAACACAAUGUGUACAAGAUGUCAGCUGCCACUGCUGAGGAAAAGGAUGAGUGGAUAAAGUGUAUAAAGUCGUGUAUAAGCGAAAACCCGUUCUAUGACAUGCUGAAUGCCAGGAGGAAGAAGGCUGCUCAUGCUAAAUAAGAUGGGACAACAGAGUUGAAUGUCAUCCUGGAUUUUGUUUUCAAACUUUACUUGUAAAAUAGAACCGCUCAGUGGAGUUUUACUGUAAAUAUUACUUUAUAGGGAUUCAAAUGAAUUUAUUGAUACAAGUUUUACAAACAGUAGACAAAUCUUUGUGCACUACAGUGGACAGUGUAAGAUAAUUGAUGGAUUGAUUUUAAGUAUUAGGUGGACAAACAAGAAUUGUUAUCAAGAUCAAAUUCAACUUGUGCCAAAGUCAUGAUUGACAGAUAUGAUGAAUUCAUGGAAAUGUGUCGGAAUAAGACACAGUACAUACUGGACUGACCAAACCUGUUAGAAAAUGUACUUGUGUCAAUUUUGAGUAAGAAGCAUGUGUUGGUUCAAAUAAAACAUGAACCCUGGACUGUGAUACAUGUAGAAACUUAAUUACAGUUUUAUGAAAAGGAAGUUAUAUAUUUAAUUAAUAUUGCUAAAACUUAAGAAAUGAAAUAGAUAUAAAUAGAAAUUAAUUUCAUGAUAUAUCUGUCGGAUAUCAAUAUUAUGAUUUCCUUGUCAUGGCGCGGGUAAUAACAACAAAAUCUUUGGAAAAUCACGUCUAAUUCAUGAAGCUAGGAAUGUAAUAUGUUUAAUAUAAGAUAUUAAAAUGUGUAGCUACAAGGAAUGAAAUAUCAGGGAAAACUUGAAUAUAUUUUAGAUAAAAUUGAAAUCAAAGUCAUUAAAUAAUUAUAUGUGUUUUAUUUCAUAUUUUCAUCAUUGUAAUGAAAUCAUUGACACUAUUUAAACUUAAAUGUAAACAAUACUCUUGUACAAAUCUGUAUAUACACACAUGUAUGGUGAAUGUUUUGUGACUCUGAUAUUUUAGAAAUUGAUGUACAUCUCAUUGACCUUUCUUGUUUCUUCAAUUUCUGACAUUCAGAAAAAUUUCAUUGUAUAUUGCGCUAUUUUCCUCCUCUUAUAAUGGAAAAUUUCUAACCUAUAUUGUGUUAAAACUGUAUGUUUAUUCACAUAAGCUAAACAAGUUCUUAGUUUAUAUACAUUAUUAUGUUUUUUCUAUCUGUAAUGAAGAAGUACUCCUUUUGCGCAUACGGAAAUGAUUGUGGUUUUUCUAACUGUACUGAAGAAUUAGUGCUUUUGCGUCAAACCUCUAGUUUUCAUUUUUUGACACAGGUUCUUUAGUUUCUUCAUUUUUUAGGAGGCCUGUUUUAAAUAAGAAAACAGUCAAGGUGUUGUCCUAGCCUUGGUGUCAUUAAGGGCGUCACUGUACAAACAUUUUCAGCAUGGCAAAAUCUGAGAAAAAAAACUCUGUACACAUGUUGCCAGAGACAAAACCAAAUUUAUAGGCCCAUAACUCUAUUUAAGAAUUAUGAAUUUAUGCCCCUUGUUCCACUUCCAGCACCACAACAGAUGAGCGUUUGCUUCAAGGUGCUGUUGAUUUCAGAUAUCACGGACCUUAGAUUUUUGUUUACAAUCAUAGGAUGCUGGUCAUCCUUCUUUGUCGCACAUAAUAUGAUAGGAAAAUGUGACAUAAACAUUUCUCAGCACUUUCAUAGAGGAUAAAUGCAAACAAGAAUAUAUGGGCCAGUGUAGAAACAGUUAUUUUGAUUAUUAUUAGUCACCUGUUAAUAUAAAUUAUUCAUUUGUAUUAAUUUUGUACUGUAUCAGAUUAAAUAAAUGGUUUUUGAAAG